AGUGGCUGCGGGCGAGCACGGCCGGCAUGAUCCUGCCCAAGAUGCCCGACUUCGGCUCUCAGGCGCAGUCCAACCUCCUGGGGAAGUGCCGGCGGCCGCGCACCGCCUUCACCAGCCAGCAGCUGCUGGAGCUGGAGCACCAGUUCAAGCUCAACAAGUACCUCUCCCGGCCCAAGCGCUUCGAGGUGGCCACGUCGCUGAUGCUCACCGAGACGCAGGUGAAGAUUUGGUUCCAGAACCGCCGCAUGAAAUGGAAGCGCAGCAAAAAGGCGAAGGAGCAGGCGGCACAGGAGGCUGAGAAGCAGAAGGGAGGAGGAGGAGAGGACAAAGCGGCCGAGGAGGUGCUGCUGCCCGGCCCGGAGAAAGGCGGCGGGAGGCGAUUGCGGGAGCUGCCCGACAGUGAGCCCGAGGACGAGGAGGAAGAAGAAGAGGAAGAAGAAGAGGCUGAGGCCGGGCGGUGCUGCCCCUACCACUCCUCCGACUGCUCCGAUGCGGACGAGGAGGACUCGCAGCCCGGGGGACGGCCCGGAGCCCCCCCGCCACCCUCCGCACAGCCGCAGUGAGCCCAAGGCCGCCCCGUCGGGGCCGCCCCCGGCAAUGGAGCCUCUUGGCCCCGCUCCCCGUCUCGUUCUCCCAUCCCUCCCUGCCCGGAGGGGGACGCGGAAGGUGAUCUCCCGUCUGCAGAGCGGGAGGGAGGAUUCACACAGUGUUAUUAUUGACUGAGAAGCGGCUACGACUUGAGCCCCGUCCCCUCCCUGCCCCAUCGGAACAGUUUCCUUCUUACUAUAUAUCGGGAAAAGUGUUUAUGUCAUGAACGUUAAAACUGCUGCAAAUCUCGAUACUGUCUUUAUUUUUAUAUAUCGUAUUUAUAAAAAAAAAAAAAUGAAUUCCUCUACUUAUGCAUGCUAAAUUAUUACCCAGCCCCUCCCGCUGUGAGGUGGGGGGGAGGAAUAUAAAUAAAGAGCGUUUUGUACUGUGGGGACGCGUGCGGCUCCUUGGGCCGGGGGGGCUGGGGCUGUCGGACGUGCGAUUUCCACCCGCUUGUGGAGCUGCAGAUCCAAAGCGGCGUUAAUUCGCCUUUUGAGAAGGCGAGAGAGGUUGUACGAAGGGACGAGGGGUUCCCGGGGCCGAGAAGAGUCCCUCCGAGGGCCGAGCGAGGCCGUUCCGCGCUUUCUCUCUCCAAUAAAUCCGCGGAUCAAUCGGUUCUUGUCACGGCGGCGUUUCCCCGGCUCAGUUAGAGAGCAUUUAAAUACAAUCAACCGCCUCGGCUCCGCCUGCUCCCCGGGGCUCAACCCUGCUAACGAACGGCGGAUCCGCGUCCGCGCAACGUGCGCGCGGAACCGCAGCCGCGCAGCCCGGGCGCAACCGCUUGUAUGGGAGAAGACGGGCUAAAGAACCUCGGAAACGCGUCCUGCUCCCUCUCCGACGUUUUCUACAAAGAUUUAUGUGAUGUUUUUAUUUUUUGCAUUUAAAAAUCGUGUAUACUUCUUUCUUUGUUUAUUAUUGUUACUGUUUUUCUUUUUAAUUCUUAUUUUAUUAUUGUCGUUAUUUUUAAAGCAUCUUUUCACAGUCCCUCCUUAACCUUCAGUUCUCCCGUUCCGCGGAGCGCAGCCCAGUUGUCCUCUGCACGCAGGAAACCCGUUCCCGAUCCCGGAUUGCUUCAAGCGUCGCUCCCCGGGAUGGGAUUUAACGGCACUGCUGUUAUUUAUGACUUUACUGCCCGACACUCCCCAGGAAUACGCUGUAAUUCAAAGCCGCUCCCGGGGUAGAGCAUAAAUCUGGGCAGAUCCCAGGUGUCAAAAACCUGAUCGGGGAAACUCGAUUUAGGCUGAUCGAUGCCUGCUCCCCUUGCAAGGAAACAAUCGAGUUACGGGCUCUGAUUUAAAUCGGUACAACGAUUUCCUUUCGUUUGCAGGCCGCGGGGUUUGGGGAAUGUAAAGCGAGAAAAAGGAAAGAAAAAGAGAGGAGAGACGGGUUUGCGAUUUUCAAUCUCAAAUUUGCGAUUUUCAAUGCGCAACUUCGGCGCAGCACCGCGGCUUCUUUGCCCCCGAGUCCAAAUGUGCCUCUGUGGCUGAGAUCCAUCUGCACUUCCCCCGAAAUACCCGAAAUCGGGCAGCCUGCCUCGUUAUCCUGAAUAAUGGUAAUAGUAAUCAUAAGGAGAAAAUAAGAAUAAGAAGUUAAAUUUUAAAAUAUAUGUAUUUAUCAAGGGCGACCUGAGAUCGCACCCUCAAAAAGAACCUCACUUCACUCAUUAAUUACCCAAUUAUCCCCCGCUAAUGAAGCACACCGGCACGCCGCGGAGCUGUGUGCCCGAGCCCAUGGAAGAGCCGCGCAGGGUGCGGGCAGCCACUGCCGGGCUCCGUAUCAAAGCGCUGCCGGUGUAUUGUGUCUGUCUCAAUAAAAUUAAUCUCUUUAAAGCCCGGCCCCUACAAGAAUACCUUCAGUGUUCCAGACUACAAGGGCAAAUAUGUUUUUCAGAUUGUGUUUUUAUGGACGGAUUAAAGUUUAUUUUCCAUAAUAGGGCACCUAAUAAAACUCAUAAAGCUCUGUCAGUC